AUGGUAUCUUUCAUCUCGGCCCUAGGUGCCACAAUCGCGGCAAUAGUCAUCGUGAAACUUCUUUCUAUCGGCCAUCGUCCCAAGAACUUCCCGCCCGGUCCUCCCACCUUACCCAUCAUUGGCAACAUCCAUCAGAUGCCCAGUCGUGAUGCACAUCUCCACUUCGAGAGAUGGGCUCGCGAAUAUGGUCCGAUAUACAGUCUGAUGUUGGGGACAAAAUGCUUAAUCGUCAUUUCGAGUGACGAAGUGGUCAAAGAACUCCUCGACCGUCGAAGCAGGAUCUAUUCAGAUCGACAAGAGAUGUAUAUUGGUCAAACAUUGUGCAGCGGUGGUCUCCGUGUGUUGAUGAUGACCCGAAAGCUGGCCCACGGGCUGCUGAAUAUCGUCAAUUCCAAGAACUAUAUACCUUACCAGGUGUUGGAGAACAAGCAAAUGCUCUAUGAAUUCCUAACGCGACCCGGCGGGUUCCUCAAGCAUAUUCGCCGCUACUCAAACGCGUUGACUACAACGAUGGUCUAUGGCUGGCGAACGCCCACCUACGAGGAUCCCAAAAUAAAGCAGCUGUUUGAGAGCGUUGCCGAAUUUGCGGCCCUCACGCAGACAGGGACUGCGGCAAUCAUCGACUUCUUCCCGUGGUUGGGAAGAUUGCCGGAUUUCCUAAUCCCUACCCAAAAACAGGCCAAAGCACUCCAUCAGCGCGAAAAGCCACUCUACCUGAGUUAUUGGUUGCGGGCCAAAGAGGAAAUACAGUCCGACUGCAUCAAGCCAUGCUUUUGCGUUGGGAUGUUCGAAUCCCAGAGGCGAGAGAUGUACAGCGAUGACCAGGCCGCGUAUAUCUCGGGGACGCUUCUCGAAGCGGGCUCCGAUACGACCUCCAACACCCUGUACGCCUUUGUUCAGGCCAUGCUCUUGUUUCCGGAGGUGCAACGCAGGGCGCAGGCAGAGAUUGACCAGGUCGUCGGACCGAAUCGCCUGCCGGUGAUGGAUGAUCUCUCGCAGCUGCCAUACAUCCGGGCCUGCAUGAAGGAAACAUUACGGUGGAUGCCAACCGCCAUUCUGGGUGCCGUGCCCCAUGCCGUCACGCAGGAUGACGAAUACAUGGGAUACCUGAUCCCUAAGGGGGCGGGGGUCCUGCACAACGUGUGGGCCAUUCACAUGGAUCCGAAACGCCAUCCCAAUCCACGUAUCUUCAACCCCGACCGCUAUCAAGGCGACGAGCAAAGUCUCCACGAUGCCGCCACUAACCCGGACGUUACAAAGCGCGACAUGUUCACCUUCGGGGCCGGGCGUCGCAUCUGUCCGGGCAUGCAUGUCGCUGAGCGCAGCUUGUUCCUCGGCAUGGCAGGGAUUCUGUGGGCAUUUGAUAUUUCGCCGGCCCUGGAUGCCAUGGGACGUCCCAUUCUACCGGACGCGGACCGGUUGACUCAGGGGUUUGUGUGUUUGCCGGAGGAGUAUCCUGCAACGAUUAGACCUCGGACUAGAGAGAAGGCAGACCUGAUCAGAACGGAGUGGAAAGAGGCAGAAGCAAUGCCGGAUGCGAAUCCGCUCCGCUCCGAACCGCCACGCCGGACGGACUUCGCUCGCCCCGGACCAGGAAUCUGCGAACGCCGAUGUCACACGGGCACUAGCUUGGGCCUCCGGGCCUAUCUCCUGUUUCAGAACAUGCCGACGUCACCCUAUCCGGACAGCCACGGCGUCGAAGAAGGCCCUCGCGCCUCUCGCAACGUCGUUCUGGAGACUCUCGAGCGACUGUGGGAACUGCUUCCCUCUUCCCCCUCUGCUGACGCUUCCUCUCGAGAGACGCAAAGCCACCUCCCUAAGACAACGUGUGCCAGGCGACGAGAGUCGAUCGCUGAGAAGUCGCUGGACCUGGACGAAGCGCUCGCCGACCAAGUUCCCCUCUCAUCCACCAAACCCCUCGAGACCGUUUCCCCUGAAAAGAGCGUCCUAUACCUGGCCUACGGGUCCAACUUGGCUGCGGAGACUUUUCUGGGUAAACGAGGCAUCAGACCGCUUUCGCAGAUCAAUGUCGUCGUGCCGGACUUAAAAUUAACCUUCGACCUUCCCGGCCUGCCCUACGUCGAGCCUUGCUUUGCGGCCACGCGAUACCGCCAUACUUCGUCCGAGGAAUGGAACAACAACGAGGAAGAUGACAUCGACGAUAAUGCGACGGGAGUCUCGAUCUCGGAGAAGACGCCUCUCUCGUCGCAUCGGGAGUCGCCGUCCGACAGACCCCUCGUCGGCGUCGUCUACGAGGUCACCGUGUCCGACUACGCCCGCAUCAUAGCCACGGAGGGCGGCGGCGGCGGAUACAAAGACAUCGUCGUGGACUGUUACCCUUUCCCCGACCCUUACAAACCGACCGACCCGGUCCCCGACCCUCCCUCUACCACGCCGUUCAAGGCCCACACGCUUCUUGCGCCCGUCGACCAGGGCGACCACCAUGCUCGGCGCAUGCUGUCCCGUCUAUGGAGACCGUUCCUCUCGCGAUCGAGCCCUCUCGUCCGUCCCCAUCCUCUAGGCUACGCGCAACCGUCCCCACGGUAUCUCAACCUCAUCAUCACCGGUGCCGCCGAGCACAACCUCCCCGUCUCCUACCAAACAUACCUGUCUCAGAUCCAACCGUACCGAGCGACGACUGUUCGCCAGCAGAUCGGCAAGGCCGUGUUUCUGGUGGUGUGGGGUCCGUUCUUGAUUCUAACACUCACCUUGACAAGGACGAUGGCGGGUCAUGAUGGUCGCGGCCCGCCCUGGGUGAUCAAGCUGGCCGAUCUCACUUUCUUCACGAUGUGGAGUUCCUAUGAUAUAGCCUUUGCGAGGAUAUUCGGGGACGGGGAACGGACACUAGACAGGUAG